UUAUGGAGUGUCGAGCACCCUGUUAUGACUCCGAGCUAGCUCGGUUCCCUUAAUUGCCUCUGGAAAAAAGUCCGAGCAGUCGGUCUCUUUAGCCCUGGAAAAGACCCCAAGGACGUCGGCGCCAACGUAAGUUGAAUAUUCUAUUCUCGCCUUGCUGAUCUUUUCUUUUCCCCCUCAUUGUUGACUGUGAUGACAACCUCCCUUUCGCUAUCAUCACCCACCCUGAGCCCUCUCGACCAUGUGCGUGUGUACACGUGUACACUCAAACCCUAUCCCUGCCGCUGUCGACCACGACAUCCCUUCGCUCCCCGCCUCCAAGCGCCACCCCAACAACCUCCUGCAACUGCCAUCGAACCCUCCCGCUGCCACCCGCGCCCUUGGGCAACCUCCUGUGCCUUCGAUGGCGGCAACUUCUUGCGACCUCUCAUUACCCACACCGACUCACCUAACCAAGACCCAUCCUGCUGUCGCCCCGCGCCCAACCAGGACCUUCCUCGUGCUCCCGCUAACCUGACGCUGCCGCCACGAUUUACCGCACUCUCUUGUUGCUCACUUCGGUCUCCUGCGCCUUCUUGUUACUCUCGCACGGCCGCCUGUUUUCUUCGCCGCCUGAUGAUCUCUCCUCGACCGCUGGCAAUUUCUCGUUACUCUGGCACGUAUUCCAUGGCCAGCCGCGGUACCUUGCUUCUACUCAUUUUUUCAUAUAUUUCCCUGUACACUACCCCUACCUAUACAACCCUUAUGAUUCCUCAUCUACUCUAUUGUAUAUCAAAGGUUAGAUACAUGUUUUUUUGAACAUAACAAGGCUUCAUGCGGUCUGGACUCGCGAAUUCAAUUUUUAACAACCAAAGUCAUUGUUCUGUAGUUAAUUCAUAGGAUAAAAAUCAAUAAAU